AUGCUUUCAACGCCUUACUCAGAUGGGAAGCUCGAUAGCAUGUCUGAUGCUACCCGCUUUAAUAUUGUGUCUAAUGACAAGCUCUUAUAUCAUGCAACGUCAAAACAAGCACCCUCUGCCUGGAAGACUGGAAUGUUUUUAGAUCAGUUCGUUUGGUUAUGGGCACAUAUUUAG